UUCUGAUUCCUUUUCAGACUGUGCUGUGUUUUCUCAGCGAUCCGCUCUCCUGGCAUUACAUCAGAAACUUUUACAUUUUCAUUGAAUUCAGUAAGACCUUAUUGAAUCUUUUUUUUUUUUUUUUUAACCUUAUUGAAUUUUCUAGGUGCUGGGCUGGGGAGAAAGGGAACAAGAUAAUCUUUAACCUUGCUGAGCUCUUGGAAGCAACUUCCCAGGAAGACGGCCGGACCUGCGCAGACCCCAGGAUGCGCGCGUCCAACGCCACGUCCUGGCCCCCGGCCCGCAGGCCCCCGGGCGGCGACGGCCAGAUGGCGGCGCUCUACAUCCUCAUGGUGCUGGGCUUCUUCGGCUUCUUCACGCUGGGCAUCAUGCUGAGCUACAUCCGCUCCAAGAAGCUGGAGCACUCGCACGACCCCUUCCACGUCUACAUCCAGUCGGACUCGUGGCGGGGCCGCGACCGCCGGCUGCUGCGCGCACGGGCGCUGGACUCCUGCGGGGGCGGCCGCCACGCGGAACCCGCCCGGGACCCGGGCCCCCCCGAGCAGCCCCGGGAGCACCUGCCGGCGGUGUGAGCG